UUAAGCGCAUUUGAGAACUGUUUGUCUUUCCAUACAGAACUGAGCAGUAGGCAACCCAACCGAAUAGUUAACCGGCGAAAAAAAAUAUACAACAGACAACUGAUAUACAAAGUGCACCCUAAAUAAAUAAUAAUAUUUACCAAGUUCUAAAACUAUAAACUAAAAACCGUGUGAAAAAUAUAAUACAAAUAUAUACAGAAUACAAAUUAAAAAAAAUGAAGCUUUUGCUCAGUGCUCUAUUGAUCGCUCUGGCUCUAAGCGGAGUCUUGACAUUGCCAGCGCGUAAUAAUCCGCAGGACGAUGCCGAGGUGAUUAAAGUGCCCCAGGCGGGCUCCGCUGACGUGCCGGAUUUCCAUAACUUUGGCGGUGUCAUCGAUACGGGCGCUGGCUAUCCCUUCCUGCAGUCCAAUCCGAGCAGCUUCAACACGGGCUUCUUCGAUUCUUUCGAUGAUCUCUUCCGUCGUCUGCGCACUCGUCUCUGGCCUGUUAUUGCCAGCGGUUCUGGUGAGGAUGGAACAGGUGCUACUGGUGGAGAUGACUCCAGCGAUGGCAUUGGAGCUGGCUUCUCCUUUGGUUUGCGGCCUUUGACUCCCCUGAACCGCAAUAAUGGCAAUACAACUUCAACUGUUAAGGUCGUAGAUGGUCACAAGGUGGAGAUCAAUGAGACAGUGUACGGCGAUGCCAACAGCCUGUUCAAGGUGCGUGUGGUCAAUGUGCGUCCCCUGGAUAGCGGCGAGGAGGUGGCCGAGGGUGUCCUAACCAGCCAAGGAGACUUCAAGCCAGCCGCUGAACCCGUCACCUCCGCCCCAGCCGUGCUACCCACCAGGCGAGGUGAAUUCGAUGCCGAUGACGAUGAUGAUGACAGUCGCCGUGAGCCGCUGGAGAAGCAGCCCAAGGAGAACGAAGUGCGCGAUAUUGAUGAACCUCAGGUAACUACACCAACACCAAGUUAUACAACAAAAACAACAACGAAACUUGCCACCAGCUCACCCGCAGACUCUGUAGCAGAGGGCACGGAAAUCAGGCAGGAAAUUAUGGCCGACUUGGAACAAACCCAACAGGAACAGGAGGAGUUUGAGGCGGUGGAACAACUCGCCGAGGACUCUGCGCUCUUUGAGGACGUCGACUUGGCGCAUCGUCUUGCCCAGCUGCAGCACAGUGAGAGGGAACGAGAGCGCGAGCACCUGGAAUCCUCCGAUGAUGAGGAUGGUGAGGCAGUCGCCCCCAUCGAAAUGAGCGACACCUUCAAUGAUGAGUGGGAUACCCUGGACCAGGACCAAGACCAAGAUCAGGAACAGCACGUGGACGGUGCCAACGAUCAGGAUCAUGAGCUCGACCAGGAAGCCGAUGCUGGCAACAAUUUGGACAAUCACAUUGACAUCUACGAGGGUGCACUGCCCAUCGAUUUGUCCCACGACAUUGCCGUCAACGAUGUGGCAGCUGCAAAUCCAGACUUUCCCAUCAAUCCCGAUGCUGAGCUAAUUUCCGGGCCGUCCGUGAUCAAGGCCAUGCCACACAUGUUCGAGAAAUUGUCAAUGGGGCCGCCAAGAAAGUGAUUCAAGGCACCCCCAAACCCCCUAGUCUAGGCAGUGUAUUUAAUUAUAAGGUUUUCUAGUUGUAAUCCAAAGAAGAUGGCAGAUGGCAUCCCUCUAUUAUUAUCAUUUAUUUAUAAUUUAAUGUAUUUAUUCAAGUAUUAAAUGUGCAUUGAAAGUGCAUGCGAAAUUAA